UUAUUCAAGUUGGUGUAACGUUACAAUGCAAAGUAUAGACCGGUACCUAUCUACAAGUUUUUCGUAUGCUUCGUAAUUCUUUUCACAAAAGUUAUCAAUGUUGAUUUUUAAUAUUGGAACAUACUUAAUCCUUUAAGAGCUCGAACCAGAAAACCAUCAGAACAAUGAAUUAUGUACAGUGUACUAUGCUCCAUUAAAUUUCCGUGAUGUAAUGAUAGCUUCUGGAAAAUUUCACCCGGAUGCCUUGUUUGGAGAUCUAGGCAGACAGGAUUGUGUUUUGGGUAUUGAGUUUUCUGGACGUGACAGCAGUGGAAGACGUGUAAUGGGCAUGUUGGGUGGAAGCGGUAUGGCCACCACAGUGAUACCUCAUCCUUAUUUCCUGUGGGAGGUGUCAGACCAAUGGACACUUGAACAAGCUUCCACUAUUCCCAUAGCAUAUGGGACUGCUUAUUAUGCUCUUAUUGUACGUGGUCAAAUGAGAGCAGGUGAAUCACUGUUAGUUCAUGCAGGAAGUGGUAGUGUAGGCCAAGCGGCCAUUUCAAUUGCUUUACACAUGAAAUGCACUGUAUACACAACAGUUGGAAGUCAGAAAAAACAAGAUUCUAUUUAAAAAAUCUUCCCUCAGGACUUUGUCGCCUGGUUCAGAUGACGAUUUUUCACUGAUGAAUGUGGAUUUGAUGGGCGAUUUGCAAGAUGUUGUAAUUCGUAAUUUCGCGAUCCACAUAAACCGAGAUCCACCAACAGCCUAAACCUGAUUUCGGGGUGGAUCUCGCAACAUGUGAUCCCAGGCCCUCAAAACGUAAAGCGAACCCGUAUGAAAAAAAACUAGUCAUCACCACUGGUAAACAGUACCAGUGGUAUUUUCGACACCACUACCACUACCACUACACUAAUAACCAGUGGUAGUGGUAGUUGUAGUUGCUGCAUAAUUUAUUUUGAAUUAAAAAUCAAUUCUAAAACAUAUUUACGGCAGUACAGUCAUUGUUUUUUAUUGUAGACCCUCCUAAGUCAAAGAAUUCAUCCCCAAAAAAUUUUGAAAACCAAAAAAAAUUUCCACCCUGGGUGGGAUUCGAACUUGCGACCUCUCGCUUCAUAGUCUUCUGCCGAACCUACUAGGCCACUGAGGAAGUUGAAUAGUAAGGUGUUUUAAGGAUUUAUAUGCACUUUUCAGCACUCUGGACUUUGAAAAAUUUAGAGUAUGAUGAUUUUACAAAAUGAAAACUAUGGAUAUAUAACCAAGUUUUUGGAAUGUUCAUACUUCUAGAUAAAAAUUUAAUUGAUAUCGCAUCAUCUUUACCUAAAAAACGAAGGCGCUUCCUUAUUUUUGAUUUUUUGAAAUUCACCCAAAUUGAAAUAAUUCAUAGUUUUUAAAGAAAAAAGUGAAUGAUUGCUUUUGAGGUGCUGAGUAUUGAAAUUGUGUCCAAGAAUAAAAGGUUUUAACUAUCCAAAAAUGGGAAACACCUUCCAUAUUCCAAAUUUAAAGUUAUUUAAAUUAAAUAUGGGUAACCAGGUAUUGCAAAAACGCCAAAAUGAGUGAUUGAAUUAUUAUUUCUAUGCAAAAUAAACACAGUUUCCAUUUUCCAUAGAAAUAGUCACGCAUACUUCAUCCUGUUAAUAAUUAUUUGAUUUUUUAAUUUUGACCUGUAAAAUUUUUAGUUGUGAUUAGUGGUUACCAUUAGUAUGACCAGUCAUCACUACUGAUCAGCAUUCUUCUGAUGAGUAGUAACCAGUGGUAACUACUAAUCACAGCUCAUCCUGUUAGUGGUGAAUAGUCAUCACUACUGGUUUCUUGUAGUUACCACUAAUCACCACUGAAUGAUGAGUAGUUACUACUAGUUACUAGUGGUAUUUAGUAGUGAUGACUAGUUUUUUUUUCAUAUGGGAAGUCACUCCCCAGUCCAAC